ACGGAACUCGACCUCAACUCGGAGCAGAAUGUUCGACGGACACUCCAGGCUGAGGUUGUAGAAGCGAAAGAACGGGAAAAUGCGAUGGCUCAGAGACAGGCGCGACGGCCAUUUGCUCUCGUACUUGUUGACGCGGACGCCGAUGGGUUCAUGUUUCAAGACAAGUAUGUUACUCGAAGAGCUCAGGGUGGUGAAGCUCUUGCCGACGAGCUUUUGAUUCGGUCGCGAGAAUACCUUCGACCCCAAUACCAAGACGCCGACGCAUUGGAUAUCGUAGUACGGGUGUACGCGAACUUGGAAGGCAUGGCGAACUACCUUGUCAGGCAAGACAAGGUGCGAAAUCUGGGCCAGCUUCGUGCAUUCGCGACAGGCUUCUGCGGGCGGAUUUCCAGCUUUGACUUUGUCGAUGUCGGGGUUGGCAAGGAAGGAAGCUCCGGGAGGAAAGUCAGGGAGAACCUGUCCUUCUAUACCUCCAACACGCAUCUUCGUCACGUAAUCCUCGCUUGCUCGCCCGUCGACCUCCCUGUAUCCAUGCUCUCGGCGCUUCCGCUCGAAAAGAUCACUCUUGUCGAAUCUCAUCCGCUUCCGACGGCUCUCACAACGCUUCCGCUGAAAGUGACCAGACUCACGACACUAUUCCUACCGCCGCCGUCGCCAAAAUCGCCGCGUCCACGAGGACGCAACGGGCCGCAGCUUCAGCUGAUGCAGCAGGAAGACCCUGACGGCGGCGCAACGUGGCUAGUAAUUCAGCCCGAGAGGAGCAAGUCGCAAGGCGCUGCGCUGAGGAGAAGAGGAGGUUCUGAGGAUGGUGACUCGAGCCUGAGCAUCUCUAUCGGCCCCGAUAAUACCGUGAGCGUAGACAGUGGGCGGCGACGGCGUAUCGUAGGGUGAUAGCCCCGAUAGGAAGGGAGAAGGGGACUACCUUGAGAUACAAAAGCAUGAGUGGACGUUAUCGGAGUUGGUGUACACGGUCGCAUGAAUGGGCAUAAAUUGAUAGAUCGGGC